AUGAGCAAAGAACAAAAUAAACAAGGAAAAAGCAAGAAAGCAAAAGUGCAGAAAACAAGCAAAAGAGCAAUAGCAGAAAGGCAAAAGCAAGAAAGUGAAAAUGCAGAAAACAAGCGAAAGAGCAAUAGCAGAAAGGCAAAAGCAAGAAAGCGAAAAUGCAGAAAACAAGCGAAAGAGCAACAGCAAAAAGGCAAUGCAGAAAACAAAAAGACAGAAAACAAGCGAAAGAAUAACAACAUAAACAAGCAAGAAAGCAAAAGCAGAACAAGCGAAAGAGCAAAUAGAAAAAAAAGCAAGACAAAAGCAAGAAAGCGGCAAAACAAAGAACAAGCAAAAGGGCAAGCAGCAAAAAGGCAAGCAGCAAAAAGGCAAGCGAAACAAACAGCAAAAAAAAAAGCAAAAAAAGCCCAAAAAGGCAAGCAAAAAGGCAAAAAAAAACAGAAAACAAACGAAGGCAUAACAUUUAUAUAUUGGAUAAUAUCAUUACAUAAAGCACCUCUUCCUUAUCCUCGAAUUAUAAUAUUAACACGAGAUGUUAUAUUUGGAUAUUCUUUUGAAGUUUAUAAACCUGAUGGGAUAUUCAUUUGUGCACAAAAUGAUUGGGUUUAUUUAACAGCUAUAUGGAAGGGGUAUGAAUCAGAUUUUGAUGAUGCUACUGGGCUUAUUAAACAAUAUAGACGUCCAUUACGUUUACUCCUAUCAUCUAAUAAUUUUGACCCAAAUAAUAAAUGGCAACUUCUUUAUAUUCAUCGUUUGGAAGGUCCAAUAACACAUAUUUCAAGUUAUUAUCAUGAAAAUUAUCAAUUUACACCAAAUCAUGAUUUUGAUGAAAAUAAUGCGUUAGCGGUAUUAUAUCAAAAACAAGAACAAGAACAAAUUCAAUAUGUUUUGAGAUUAUACAACAUAGGAAAAUUUGAAUCAGGAAGCUCUGACUUUGAUUAUGUUGAGUGUAAGAAACCUUUUUAUACAUGUCACAACUACCCAUCAUUUGAGUAUCAAGAUAUAAUUUUACCUGGUACAACAAAAAUUAAAUCGUUUCAUGUAGAGGAUUCUUUGAUUUUAUAUUCAAGGAAUCCUGAUAAUGCCAAGUUUCGGACUAUUCAAAUACCCCGAAAUAUAUUUGAAAUCGGCAAACGAAAAGAUGAGGCAUUAGUUGUAAAGUCUAGUGAAUCGGGACCAACUCAAA